AUGGCAGCAAUUGGUGGAGGAAGCGGUUCCUCAAAUUCAAAUACCUCAUCGUCUACUUCCUCUCAUCAAGCCCCCAAAAUCCUAUUAGCCAAUCCAGCUCUAGUCACUGCCGCCAAGUACAACCGCGGACCUGGUGGCGGUGGAGGCGGCGGUGGUCCCGAUGACGCUUCAUCAUCACUCCCCUCCCGCUUUCCCUACGAAAAUAUCGAUUUUACGGUGAUCGGAGUGAUUGGUCCGAUGGGGGUCGGCAAGUUUACUAUCAUGAAUGAGAUUUAUAGCUUUGAUGUAACUUCUCCUGGUAGCCUAGCAUUCAUUCCUUUCUUCAUCUGGAUGUUGACUCCUUUUUCGAUAGAAUCCAUGGAAAUCAAGGCCAUGAUACUUCUUGAUACACAGAAUGCAUACGGUAAUUGA